AUGCGUCUCCGCCUGCGCAUCGAGCGCAACGAGAUCCCGACGGCAAACGUUCUCUGGGCCAUCGACGACAUCACCGAACGCCGCCAAACAAUUGCACAAUUCCUUGCAAAAGUCAAUGAACGAUUUCCUUUAGAAGGAAACACAUGGGGCUUGGAAGACUACACCGUCUCGGUGGGUGGCUAUGAGGCUGUACACUACAGCGAGGUCGGCACCACGUUCCAGCAUGAGGAUGAAGUAUGCAUAAAGCCAUUGCAGUAUGUGGAGGCCAAGGGCAGACUACUCAGUGGGAGGGACCAGAUCACGCCAGGUGGUAGGCACAUACACGAUGGAGUGGCAUUUGGAAGGUCGUUGGUUCGGAAGGUUGAGAGGCCAGAUGUCUACAUCCCGCCUAGGAGGCAGCCAGCUGCGGGAGAUGAGGACGCUCUUGCAUUGAACAGGAUGGAGCUGGCGGGAGCAGAAUACCUCGAGGAAGGAGAGGAUGAUGAAGAGGAGGAUGGAGACUUCGAAGCAGAGCAUGAGAGCGGGGACGAGGAAAGUGAGGAAGAUGAAGACAUCACACCGGUGCCAAUAACAUUCAUCGAAGCUCCGGCGGAGAUCGAUGACUCUGAUGACAGCAGCAGUACCAGCAGUGAUAGCGACAGUUCGAGCGAUAGUGACAGCUCGAGUGACGACUCAUCGAGUAACUCCGACAGCUCAAGCGACGAGGAAACAUGGGAAGGCAUAGACGGAGAAGCAGCUGCGGCGGCGGCAGCCAAGCAGUCAAAGGAGCAGCCGCCGCUUGUAAAAGGUCACAAGGAAGUGAAUGGGACUUCAGGAUCAACCGAAGGCAAUGCCAAGGGCAUACCUCACGAGGGCAAGAACGACACCAAACGUCGCAAUCAGAGACGGAGAGAGCAGAGACAACUCAAAGUGCUAAAAGAGAGUGGCUUGCUACCAAGCGACGCAGGUAUCGAUGCGCUGCACAAUUGGCAGAAGGACAAGAAUGUCACCUCUGGCCCAGACGUUCGUGUUAUCAUCCAGGAGGAGCGGACGAUUGAGGGAGAGCGGCAAAAGCUGCUGAGCCAGAUAGCCUCUGGAGGUAUGGACAUCAACGGUGAAGAGGAUCGCGUGAUUGCAGCUUCCAAAGCGACAGAUAUACCCGCGGCAGACACCAUUCGAUCGAAGAAGAGGCCAGCAGAGGAGCCCAUCAUGCGGGAGGAGGAUGAAGACGAAGCACCUGAGAUCGAGCCAGCGACUGCUGCUAAGCGGAAGCGACUCGAUCUGGCCAGCAUGAACCGUCUUGUGUUCGGAUCGCUUGGUGUUAGAAACCCCAAGACACAAGCCGACAAAGACGCGCUGCAGAAGCGUCUCGCUGGUGGCACGACGCGCAAAGCUACCACUGCACUCCAGCCUGCCGCACCCGAGGAGGAAGAAGACGAAGACGCAUGGCGCAACCAAAUCGACCUGUCGGCAGUCGAGUGCUGCGACGAAGGCGUUGAGCUAUCUGCGCCUCCUUUCCCCUUUCAACAACGAUGGGACCCUCAGUAUCAGCACACCAAGAAGAAGCGCAACAAGCGACGAAAGGUCGACGCCACCGGUGCCGCUCACGCACAAUUCACCGAGACCUACGACAAAUACAACCAAAACGGUGGCGGUGAUGCACUCGACUACGACGACCCUAGCGAGGACGUCGAGGACGACUCAUACUGGGAAGAAGGCGCACUGCUCGAGAACGGCGACGACGACGAAGGCUUCCCACCAUUACCCGACGACAUCGCCGCGCUGCCACCAGUGGUGGUGGAGGACCUCGCAGUCGGUGACUACGUCGUCUUCACAGAGCUCGCAUGUUCCGCCGCAACAGGCUGGCAACCCAAGACCAUCACUGGCACCGUUCGCCUCGAUGUCAAGGAUGAUGAAGGCUGGACUGGGAAGCUGGCGCCGCGAGACCGUGCGCCGAAGGAGUUUGAUGAAGAGGGCAAGCGAGUCUACAGCAAGUUUGAGAUGGAGGGCGCGAGCGAUGAUGGCGCUGAUGAGGACUUGAAGUCGUUUUCGCUUGAGGAGGGGAAGGCGCUGAAGUUGCUGGCGAAGGCACCUCCUGCGGCGGAGCUGUUGCCAGCGGCGGAGUAG